AUGAAUCGUUGCCGGGUUGCUCCAGCUAUCUUGACGUGGACGAAGGACGGUGGAACUGGCGUCAAUUUUAUCGAUUUGGUAGGAAUUGGCAGUGGCGGUGCACCACCAAAACCGUGGGAACGUGCUGGGGCUGAGGGAACAUCCGGUCCGUCGCCUUUCAAACCACCAUCUGGUGGCAGCACUAGCGAUGUCGUCGAAGCUUCUGGUACAGCUAAACCUGGAGAAACCAUUGCUGCUACAGAGGGGAACAUGUCUGCCAAUGUAAAUAACCCCAUCUCGAGGCCUAUGCCCCAACGUCCUUGGCAGCAAACAGGCUAUGGAAAUUCCUAUGGAGGAACAGGAUAUGGAUCCAAUAUGUAUAGUUCGGUUGGUGGAUAUGGCAGUACUUAUGGUAGCGGCGGACUCUAUGGGAAUAGCAUGUACUCGAGCUAUGGAGGCGGUGGCGGCCUCUAUGGAGGUUCCGGGAUGUAUGGGGGAGGCAUGUAUAACAGUGGGAUGGGAAGCUCUUAUGGUGGUUAUGGUAUGGGUGGUAUGGGCGGCAUGGGUGGUAUGGGCGGCAUGGGUGGCAUGGGCGGCAUGGGUGGUAUGGGUCCUUACGGCAAUCCGGAUCCAAAUUCAUUUGGCCCUCCCGCAGCACCACCGGGUUUCUGGGUGUCCUUCCUACGCAUGAUGCAUGGUACCGUCAGUUUCUUUGGGCGAGUUGCAUUUCUUGUUGAACAAAACACACAAGCCUUCUAUUUAUUCAUUACAGCUAUGUUGCAGCUCUUUGAUCGGUCUGGGAUGCUUUACGGUGAGCUUGCGAGAUUUGUCUUGCGCCUGCUCGGAGUCCGAACAAAGUCAAAGAAAGGCCGCGUUCAGGGCGCUGAGGCCCCUGCAUUCGAGGGACCUGGCCAGCAGCUUUUUGAGGCACCAAAAGCUGCCAACAACUCAUGGGACAAUGUUUGGGGAAACUAA